ACUAUCUAUAUCUUAUACAGUACUAAAUCCAUGAACAAGUAGGCUAAAUCCACUGAAUCUAAUCCAGUAUAACUUGGGCAGUCAAGUGAUCAAGAUGUGGGCUGACGUGAUUUACGUUGCCACAUUGUUAUUUUCUGUAGUUAUCGGAUUUUACUAUCGACAAAUCGACGAUCCACAGGUUAAAAAAUGGAUGGGCACACUUAUCGGUUUCGUAGUGGCUAGAUUUGUUUCUGGAAAGCAUAUACUUCACCUUUUGUUCAGUACUCUGAUUAACGCGAUUAUCAUAACCAAGCUCUCGCCAAAAGUAUGCCAUGUAAUCAGCAUUUGCUUUUCAUUCUUCUAUCUAAUAAUUAUAUUUCGAUUAGGAGAAUGGGUUGGUUUACCAACACCGCCAACUCAUACAAAUCUAAUACUUAUGAUAAUGACCCUAAAACUAUCUGGAUUAGCUUUUGAAGUAAAUUCAGCCACUAAUCCAGCACCUGGUGAUCCAGAAGGAGUAAGUUCUGAAGCUUUAAAAAAUGUUGGAUUCUUGGAUGUAUUCCAUUAUGCUUUCAGCUACAUGGGACUCUUAACUGGUCCAUAUUAUCGAUACAGAACAUACUGGGAUCAUAUAUAUAGACCACUUACUAAAUACGUGGAUGGAUGGCCUCCCACACUUUAUAAACUGAAACUAACUGGAAUCUUCAUUAUAUUAUAUUUCAUAAUGAAUACAUUAUAUCCCAGCAAGUACAUCCUGACAGAUGAAUUUGCAGAACGGACUUUUCUUUAUAAACACCUUUACAUGUACCCCACAUUUGCUGUUUUUCGAUUGAGAAUGUAUAUCGGUAUGACCCUAGCCGAAUGCGCUUGCCAAAUGGCUGGACUUGGAGCGUACCCUAAAAAAUGUAAACCUUUACAAGGACUAGGACCAAAGGAUUAUAAAACCAUCGAAGCUCUAUCUGCUACACCUGAGGAACUAAAGAACGAAGAAUUUAGCUUUGAUACUAUACACAACAUGGAUGUUAUGAAAUUAGAAACAUGCCAAUCAGUAAGGACAGCUAUGAAAGCAUGGAAUGGCUGUAUUCAAUAUUGGAUGGGUGUCUACGUGUACAAAAGAUUCCCAGUGAAAUGUUUAAGGACUAUUGUUACCCUAACACUUUCUGCAGUGUGGCACGGUUGGGCACCUGGCUACUUUUUCUGCAUUUGUCAGAUUCCUCUGUUCAUGCUAACCGACGAUAUAGCUAUGAAAUUUUACAAUCAAAGCGAAGAAAACAGCCUAGCUAAGAAAGCAUGGUAUAUGCUUUUAUGGUACGAGAAGACAACCUGCAUGGCCUAUUUAGGAGUAUCAUUCCUGCUAUUAGGUUUUCGAGAUACUAUGCAUUAUUACAGAGUUGUAUAUUUCUCUGGGCACAUUGUGGCACUAUUACUUUACGUUACCGUUCUUUGCCUCAAGCCCUACGUACUGAAAAGAACCGUGGAGAGUAAGGAUAAGGAGAAAUAGGCUGUGAUCCUUUUUACAAGGAAUACAAAAUAUUAUAUAAGUUAAACAUUUAAAAUAUGUAUAAUAAAAGGUUCGACUCUACGAAUUAAAGCCAAUUAAAUUCUUCUAGAGUAGCUUAGAUGUCUUUAAAAACAUCAAAUUUUUUUAAAUCAAACAAUAAGGCAUUUACUGACAUUGUUUGUUAAUGAUACUAUUAAAAUGCCUAGUAAAAAUCAAAAUACACUACGUACUGUUGUUGAACUAGUCAACUAUGUAAAAUAUUCCAACUUCGUACUUUCCUAAGUCCUACCUAGAAAAUAGGAACUUUCCUCGAAUACUUAUUUAGAAAUAAAAAAUUCUAUUUCUUUGAUAA